UGUUUCUUUUGUGUGUGAUUCAAACAUAAAGGUAUAUACUUGUUGAGUUUUACAUUCUGUUAAGAAAUUUUGUGGAUGUUGCAUAGUUUGGUUGGUAUUUUGCAUGUUCUGAGAUUGCAAUGAACUUGUUCACAUUUACAUGAUUAUGGUAUAUGGUACUGGCAGAUAUUUUCACAAUAUUCUUUCUUUCAAUGUUUCAUGACUUGUGUUGUUCUUGUCCUGCUAUGUUCUUAUUCCUUCUAUUAAUGUCAUUAAUCCCAAAAGCAACCAUUUGGUUUGAAUUUCAACCUUCUGAUUAUGUGUUUCAGUUGCCAAAGUUUUAUAAUUAUGUUUUUAUUUUUUGGAAAAAUCAGAAAUUAUCUUAAAUUUUGUCUCUACUAAACAGGAAAAUUUUGAAGUUAUUGGCUUUGUGUCCUUCUCCAAAGUCCAAUUUUUAUUUAUUUAUUGUUAUUAUUAUUUUUUCUCUUUUUUGUCCUCAAACGUCUCUGCCUCCUGUAUCUCAUGAUGGGAACUAAAUAUUACCUUAGUGAUUUCAAUUUGAUUAAGUUUAUGCUAGAUUAGAACUUAUCCUGUGAAUUGGGGUCUCUAUAGGUUGAGCUUUGAAAUUGUUCAGGAAUUUUUUCUCAUGGGCUUUCCAUGCAGUGAACUUGCUUUGGAAGAGUGUUAUAACAUCUUGUUCUUUAUGAGGUUUUGCUCACACCCUUUUGGAUGUUGUUUAAUUUGAGUUUGAAUUCCAAUAAGGUCUUGGACUCUUGACUUUGUUUGAAACUAUAUUCUCAUUUCUGUAUAUAUACAUAUAUUCCAGUUUCUUACUGACUUUGUUCUAGCAUCUUAGGCAACCACUCGAUUCGGAAUCUGGGUUGGGAUGUUUCCUGCCUCAUGUUAGAGUGUUAUCGCCAUGUCAGUUGCACCGGUUGAGAGCAUCCCCUCUUUAAGUAGUGACCUCUUCUAUGAAAUACUGCGAAGGCUUGAUGGCGCGACAUUGGCAAGCGCAGCAUGCACCUGUGCUGCACUUUGCUCCAUCUCAAAAGAAGAGAGUUUAUGGGAAAAUGUAUGCUCAUCUAUGUGGCCUUCAACCAAUAGGGAAGAUGUCAAAAGUUUAAUCUCUUCUGUUGGUGGAUUCAGAAAAUUCUAUGCAGACAGUUUUCCACUUAUUGUGAACAAGGAUGUUAUGGAGUUUCAUCACAACAACUACUUUGAGUACCCUGAUGAUUGGACCGAAGCCGAAUAUUAUGGUGAUGUGAUUGAAUCAGAGAGCAUCUCUCCAUCUAACUUUGUUUCUAUUGUAGAUAUUAGGUUCAAGGAGAAACCAAUCUGUUCCAAAGUUCUGUUGGGUAUUCCAAAUGCAAAUGGCUAUGAUGAUUGGUUCUAUAACUGCCCUUUUCAGAUUGAUAUUCUUACUUAUGCAGAUAGCGAAGGCAACAACGAUGGCGCCGUGAAUCUUUCCAUUUCUGAUGGUCUGCCAGCAAUUACAUCCAUGGAAAGGGAAAAGAAAGAUGGGAAGCUUUGGAAGGAGCUUAGCAAUGGACUCAGGCUUAGUUGGAUUGUAGUAAACAGAAAAAUCAAGCAAGCUGCAAAUCUUUCUAGUUGGUUUCCUCUUGGUGGCCAAAGGCAUUGGCCAACAGAUAAUGAUUUUGUAGUCCGGUUCGGAUCGAUUCUCCCGGCCGAGGAAAUUCUUCCUUGCCAAGUAGUGGAGUGCAUCCUUAUCAUGAAGUUUAGAGUUGUCCACACAGAAUCAGAGGGGAUUCAAACUAGUCUUAAGUUAACUGAAUUGAGCAUGCAAUUGGAAGACAUGGAAGGUGCUCAUGUUAAUGGAAGGAACAGUUUGCAUAUUCUUAAGAAAGCACUUAGUUGCCAAAGGAGCAAAAACUAUGGUGAUGCACUUGAGUCUUGUCACAUGUAUUCAAAGGUGCAGAAUGAGUUGAAGAAGGAAAAGAUGAGAAAUGAAAAUAGGUUGGAUAGGCUUUGUAUUUUGUGUGGCAUUGCUGCUUUUAUGACAUUCUGGUACUGUGUCCUGUGAAAAUGGUGCUUCACUUCAUCGUUUAACAUAACAUCUGCUAAUUAUGCUUCCUCUAACAAAAUUUGUAAUCAUAUUGCCAACUUCCAUUUUGGGUGAUUUUCCUUGCUUCUACUAAAGAAUUAAAUUAAGGUGGAAGCUCAAGUAUAGACAACUUGAUGUGAAGUUGAUAGCUGAGAGUCGUUAAAUGAUUUGAUAGAUUUGAUUAAAUUAUCAUCUACCGGCCCUAAGCUAUCAACUUUACAUGAAGUUAACUGUUAACUGCACCUAAGUUUUUACCUUAAACUAAUAUCCUAAUAAUCCUAGGGCGUGUUUGAUUGGGAGGUUAAAAUCGAACAUAAAUUUCUUCGACUAUGC